GGUUGAUCCCAGUGUUUUGACUCGGUCCUAUGCUGGACAGUGGUGUCUUUCUGGACCUCGUCUUUUGACUGAUUUCUUUACCUUUUUUUCCUGCAAAAAAUUUCCCCUUUUUUCUUUCUUAACAAUUUGGACUGCUUUUAAUCCUUUUUUCCUUUGGAUAGAGCGGCGUUAAGGGUCCUUACUCGACACCGCCGACGGCCGCGCUAGCGGCAGGGGGCUUCCUCCUCAAGGAUCCCCUGAGGGGUCGCAGCUCAUCUCCCCCUCUGCCUCCCCUUGCAUCGGGAGUGCCUGUAUAGCUGCAUUUGAACGGCAUUUGCCGAGCAGCUUCCUGGCGCUGAUUCUGGCGGGUGAUUCAAAUGGCGCCAUUUUCUUGCCGCUUUUACUGCCUGGAGCUAGCAGCUUGACGAGCGAUUUCCCAGCGGAGCCUUUCUCCUUGGCCCAAAGUCAACUCUGGAGCCAGAAUCCUCCUGUUCAACGGAGAUCCUCCUCGUUCAGCUAAGUUAUCUUGGGGGCUUACUUUUAACACUGAGGCUCUUUCUCCCCUCCCAAGGGAUUGUGAGUUCAAAAUGGCGGACGCUUCUAAUCAUCCCCGCUCAACCUCGGCCUCCUCACAGACCCACCAUCGGCACGCUAGCGACCCGGGGGAGGGCACCUCCGCUAAGCAAUCACGCAAGGGCAAAGCCCCAAGAAAGGGAUCCUCCGCUUCAGCCGCCCAGCCUCCCAAACAAUCUAAGGAAGAGCUGAGACGCCACAGGGCGUUGGAGAAGGCGGUUCUCAGGGCACAACAACUGCCCUCCGCCUUUUUGCCUGUCCCGGCCACCAUUCUAUCACCAAUAGAUUCGGCCACGGGUCCUCAAUUGUCUGAGACCCAUCCGGGGCGUGAACUAUCUCCGGAUCGUCCUUCCUCCCGUGGGCCAACCUUAUCUGAGGCAGAGCAGGUCUUCCAGCCAUCCCAGACCCCUCUGAUCCUCACAGGCCUAGCCAUUCAGUGACCUCCGUUCCAGGUCCUUCCAGCCUAGCAACCAGUCACGUUGCCACUCAUCCCCCCCCAGGGGGAACAUCUCAGGCAGAUCCUCAAGCUACGCUAGAGGCCAUCAUCGCCAGGGCUAUUCAACAGGGUUUGGCUCAAGGUCUUCAGCAAGGCCUCUUUCAGCCGCACCCUUCCGUGCCUCACGCUCAAUCCUGCCAUGUGCAAUCUGAUCACUCCACUGAUCACCAGUAUUCCCCGGAGCCCUCUAACCAGGGGUCUCUAUCGGAUGAAGAGGAAUCGAGGGAGUUAUCUCUUUCGGAUGAUGAGGGACUGGCUCCGGACCAACCAGCCUUUAUUGGUCUCUUUAGACCUCAGCUUUUCUGAUCUUUAUUGUACAAAGCCCUAGCUGUGACCAGACUGGGUUCUCCUUCUACUGCGGGUACAACACUCCCUGAGAGUGCGGAUCCUGCCUCUUCUCUCUUUGCUGAACCAGCUGUUGAACCUGAACUUAUUCCUGCCCCUAAACUGUUUACUGACGUUGUACAACGACAGUGGGCACUGCCUGGCUCAGCUCCAGCUCCGAGUGGCAUCGAUAAACGAUUAUAUCAAACUGCCCCAGCUCUUUCUAAUUUACUGCAAGUACCUCCAGUGGACGGCCCAAUUGCAGCCUUGACAUCUCCUUCCAGACUCCCAAGCUCUCCGGAAGAAUCACUGCGUCCUGAAGACAAACGGCGGAAAAGACUCUUAUCAAGGCACAUCAAUCUGCUGCGUGGGCUGUCAAAAUGGCCACCGCAGCCUCCUUUUUCAACCGAGCCUCUCUGUUAUGGUUGAAACAACUACAGGAUUGACUACCUCCUUCGGACAUUCACACUCACCAGGACCUGAACAAGAUAGUCGCGGCCCUAGAGUACUCGGCAGAUGCCACCUUGAAUUCCGCUUGUUUUGCGGCCAAAUCCAUCGGCUCCACUGUUACAUCCCGCAGACUUCUGUGGCUCCACCACUGGCAGGCCGAUGCCAAAAGCAAAUGGCCACUCACAUCAUCUCCCUAUUCGGCUGACUCCCUGUUCGGUCCACCGUUGGAACCCCUUCUUGUAGAAACCAGAGAUCGUCGCAAGAUCCUCCCUUCAGUCUCUCGGCGCUCCAAUUCUCGCUUUUCCCCCUACAGCAGAAUUCAGUCCUUUCAAUCUCAGGAAUCCAGCUCCUAUCAGCCUCGUUUUCAACGCUCCUACCAGAGCCAACCUCAUCAGGACCCCCAGGUCAGACAGAGUAGUAGGCCUUUCCAUAAGUGGCCCUUUCAAGGGGGUAGGGGAAAGCCAUUCCGUAGGUCCAAGUGAAACGGAAUCAGAGAUUCCCAUUGGCGGCCGCCUAUCCUUGUUUGCCGAUCAAUGGGAUCUUUCCACCUCUGAUUCCUGGGUUCAGUGUACAGUUAGGUAUGGUCUUUCCCUUAAGUUCUCCUCCCCUCCCCCUCCUGUUUUUAUCUCCUGUCUGGUUUCAAGGGACAGAGUUUGGAGGAGCCUAGUUUCGGGGGCCAUCUCCCACCUAAUUUCUAUCAGAGCCAUUCAGCGGGUCCCUCCCGACCAAUGUGGCCUCGGUUUUUACUCCCGUUUGUUCAUAGUUAGCAAGUCAUCCGGGAGGUGGAGGGCCAUCCUUGAUUUGAAGGCUCUUAAUCGGUACGUUGUGUAUCACCAGUUUAAGAUGCACACCCUGCAGACUAUCCUGGAGACUCUCCGGCCAGGGGAUUUCCUCACCUCCAUCAAUUUAACGGAGGUGUACCUUCACGUCCCUAUCCACCCUGACUUCCGUAAAUACCUUCGGUUUCACUACCGAGGGUGUCAUUACCAGUACGCUGCCCUCCCAUUUGGCCUGUCCUCCACCCCCCGCGUCUUUACUAAGAUUAUGGCGGCUCUAGUGGCCCAUAUCCGGUCCACCCCCCUUAGAAUCCAAUUUUACUUAGAUGACAUUUUACUUCAAUCCUCCUCCUUGAGAGCGGUCCGCCAGGACCUGGCUACUACUAUCCGGAUUUUUCAGGACCAUGGUUUCUCCGUAAAUUGGUCCAAGAGUCACUUGGUUCCGACCACCUGUCUCCAGCACUUAGGGGCUGUAAUCAAUACUGUAACCUCUACGGUUUCCCUUUCGGUGGACCGACAGACCAGCCUCUGUUCCAUGGCCCUCCGCUGUAUCUCGGAGCGGUCCUCUUCUCUUCUCGGGCUGUCUUGCCUUAUGGGGAAGAUGGUCUCCACGUACGACAUUGUACCGUGGUCGAGGCUCCACAGUAGGGAAUUACAAUGGUUCCUGCUCCCACAUCAGAAAAACCGAUCCAGUACCUCCCUCCGCAGAGUGUCUCUUCCCCCGGCUGUGAUCUCCUCUCUCCGAUGGUGGACGUCCUCAGCUUUGUCCGCACCCUGCUUCUUCAGGGAACCGACCCGCCACAUCACCAUGGACGCGAGCCUCCAGGGUUGCGAGGCUCACUUGAAGCAUCACCUGACUCAAGGUCAGUGGUCGACUCUUGAACGGUCCCUUCCCAUUAAUCUUCUGGAACUGAGGGCCAUUCAUCUAGCAUUACUCCACUUCCAGAACCUUAUUACUUCUUGUGAUGUGCUCGUCCUAACGGACAACGUUACAGCAAAGGCACACGUUAAUAGACUGGGAGGCACUCAUUCUCGAGUGCUCAUGGAUGAGGCUCUACUUCUCGGUCUCUGGGCUGAGUCUCACCUUAAAUCUCUUCGCGCAGAUCACAUCUCGGGAGAAGAGAAUUCGCAAGCGGAUGCUCUCAGCAGACAUCAACUGGACAAUGCAGAAUGGAGUCUCCCUGCUCAUAUCUUCAGAGACAUCACUCUCUGUUUUGGAACUCCUGAGGUGGAUCUAUUUGCAUCUCGGACGAAUCACCAGGUUCCGAGGGUCAUCAGGAAAGUCAUUCAGGAAUGGGCAGAGAUCAUUCUCUUGGCACCGCGCUGGCCACGGAGACACUGGUAUGCGGACUUAGUGUCCCUAUCGGUCGAUCGACCUUGGAGCAUCCCAGAUGACCAGAUGAUCCUCCUCCAGGGUCCCCUUCGGCAUCCGGACCCAUCAUGGUACCGCUUAACCGCAUGGAGGCUGAGCGGUUCUUCUUAAAAAAGGCCAACGUUCCCUCUGCAGCAAUCGAUGUGGUUUUAGCCUCCCGCAAGCCAUCUACCAACAGGAUCUACGACUCAACAUGGUCAUCAUUUGUCGAUUGGUGCCAACGUUCCCACGUCCAUCCCCUAUCGGCCUCAGUGCAGAAUGUGUUGCGUUUUCUAUUGGAGGGGUUCGAAGCUGGCCUAUCCCCCAAUACUCUUCGACGUCAAGUGGCCGCCAUUUCUACGGUUCUGACCUGCGGUUCUUCUUCAUCUAUUUCUUGUCAUCCCAUCAUCCGCCAAUUUUUGCGCGGCGCCACCAACUUACGACCUCCACCGGUCCAUCGCUUCCCUACUUGGGAUCUGAACAAGGUAACUGACCGCUCUCACAGCCUCCCCCUUCGAACCGCUCCGGCAAGUCUCGCUACGCUUCUUGUCCUUCAAGGUCUCAUUCUUGGUCGCAAUCACGUCGGCCCGACGCAUUUCAGAACUGGUGGCCCUAUCGUCUCGUAAGGACCUCUGCAUUUUUCAUCAUGACAGGGUAGUCCUCCGACUGGACCCAGCGUUCAUACCUAAAAUCAACUCUCCCUUUCAUCGGGCUCAAGAAUUGGUCCUGCCCAAUUUCUGUCCCUCCCCUAUGCACCGCUUAGAACGCACGUGGCACACAUUGGAUGUCCGCCGAGCCAUCAAAAUAUAUCUGAUGCGUACUUCCACAUUUCGUAAAACAGAGGCGUUGUUUGUCUUCUACCAACCCACGUCUAUUGGAACCAAGGCAUCUGCACCUAUGCUGGGUCGUUGGAUCCGGGCAACCAUAUCUACUGCCUACCAAAGACAGUCUUUACCUAUUCCCCACCGUAUCACGGCCCACUCCACCAGGAGUGCGGCAACCUCCACUGAGUGGGCAACCCAGGCUCCGUUGGAGGAGAUUUGCAGAGCGGCCGCCUGGACAAGCAUCUCCCCCUUUAUCCGACACUAACGAGUGGACUCGUUUGCAUCGGCGGAGGCGGCCUUCGGACGCAGAGUCCUCCAGGCAGUUCACACGGCUUGAGGUAACAGGGCCUGUCUCUUCCCUCCCAGUGGACAUUCAGCUUUGGUAUGUCCCCAGUUUGACAGACGUUUCUCACGCUGAGGAGAAUGGACGUUGGUCUUACCUGAUACGUCCGUUCUCUCUUAGUGAGGAAUGUCUGUCAGCCCCACCCUUCUUGGUGGGCCCUGUUCCCGGUGGGGUGGGUGGUGUUCUUUUACCUCUCCUUUUAUAUUUUUCCAGAAAGACACUCCAGUCUGCGUUAACGCCCUUGCCGAAACACUGGGAUCAACCAGCAGAGGGCGGAGCUAUUUAAAUUUUGCAGACUCGGUCAUAUGCUGCAUAGUGGAGUCCAAGCCCCAGUCUGACAGACGUUCCUCACUAAGAGAGAACGGACGUAUCAGGUAAGACCAACGUCUAUUUUCACAUCAUUCUAUCACCCAUCUCCUCCCACUUAUGACUGUAUGAAUGUCACCUUGUUGCUGGUACCCUUAAGAUUUAUAUUGACUGUUUCCCUACAACUAUCAAUAAGUGUUGUAUCUUAUGAUUCUUGAUGAAUGUAUCUUUUCUUUUAUGUACACAAGAGAGCGUAUGCACCAAGACAAAUUCCUUGUGUGUCCAAUCACACUUGGCCAAUAAAGAAUUCUAUUCUAUUCUUUUUAACAGAGUUUUUCUUUAAACUGUUACAUCAUUUUCUUUUACUUUCUCUUAAUAUAGGUACUCUCAAAUACAUUUUCAAUAGCUUUGCCUACUUUAAGAGUUAUUUAAGCAUUAUAUAUAUGUAAAUAUAUAUAUAUAUUUGCAAAUUUUGGGUCAAACCUUUCUUUCAGAUGCACAUAUCAAGCAAAUAAAAAUGCGUCCCGAUUCCAGUUAACUCAUUAAGCUUAAGACAUUCCUUCCAGCUUAUCUUCAUGGAGUAAAAUCUUUUUCUUCUCUGGAAGUAUCAAAGACUUGUAGUCUUUUCUUUUUCUCACAAGAUCCUCAACCUUGUUAAUGUCCUUAAAGAAAAAGUCCUAAAUUUGUCUAUUUUCUCAAAGCUCUUCUUUCAAUUGUAUUGAGAGGUUUACAUUUGAAACAUAGUAGUGAGGGUAAAAAUGAAAGUUAAUAUCCAGCUCUUCCAAACCUGCGAUACACUCCUCUGCAUUUUCAGCUAUUUAUGAAGUUGCCUCAGCAGUUUGGUAAUAUUCUCCACUUUUUGCAUCUCAGAAGUACUUUAAGAUGAUUUUUUAUCCUCAGAGAACAACUGAUUCACAAAUUGGCAUAUUUCAUUUAGAGACCUUUCAAAUAUAUCUCUAAUACUUUGCUCCAUCAUCUUGGCUUUCUCUUUUAAUCAGAAUCAGAAGAUUUUAGCCACCCACAGCUGAGAAGAUCAAGCUACCAGUUACUACAAUAGUAAACUAAAAUCACAGCUUCAAUCAUUAUUUUUCUCUGAUAGCUUUUUUUUUCUCGGCCCAUUUCUUCAUUUGGCUUGCCUUAGCAGCCUUCUUCCUUGUUCUUUAAGACAUCCUUAAAAUGGUGCUGAUCUUCAAAAAGGUAUUGCUGUUGCUAGAAAGGGUCUCUUUUAAAUUGACCAGGUAGAAAAAUAGCCUUUGAAGAUGAUUGAAAUAAGGAAGGCAUAACUUACUGUUGGAUUGAAAUGUGAAUUUCCAAACACAAUGGCUUCUUCAGCCCCUGAACAGAUUGCAGCCUCUUCCCUCCCAGCUUUUGGCAUACAGACAGCUUCAGAGUUCAACUCCAAAAGCAAUCUGCCGGUUUACUGCUAUAUUGAGGGGUCCUGAGGGAAAGUUCUUCGACACACCCUGACCAGGUGGGUCAUAAAAACUGAUGGGAUACAAUUCUUUCAGUUAGAAGGCAGAAGAGCAACACUCCAGGGAGAAAUCCUUCAGAGAUCUCUCCCUGUGCAUGUGUUCAGUUAGCCAUGUUCCCAAGAAGUGCUAAUAGGCUUUUCUUAAGUUUAUUAUUUUGAAGUAACUUCUGUUCAGAGAAACUGCCAGUUCCAUAAUCAUAAAAUUGCACUGAGAAAGUUAGAUUGUCAUGGGAUCAGCUAUGUUGUGGGUCAGGAUUUGCAAUGAAUUUUCUUAAAGUGUUCUCUUAGGAUGAAAUAGCUCUCCUGAUAUUGUUGCUUAACUGUUAAAAGGUGGGAUAAUAAAAUCUGCACAUCAGAGAUUUCAGAUUUAGGAAAUGUAAACUCUAAAAUCUUCCAUUAUUUGUUAUAUCUUUUGAAAAUUGCAGUUCAAAUUGUAUGUUGACAUUGUUAGAAUAAAAAGUGAAUUUGACUUA